UUGGAAUGUUUUGUAAACAUUAGACAAAAUAGAAACAUAGAUAUAGUAUUAAGAGUUUCCACACAAAAAAAUAUAUGUUAUAAAUAAAACAUGCCUAGGAAGCCAUGUUAUUGGACGCGCAAAUUGGAGUUAGAAUUGGUUGAAUUUGUUCGCCAAAGAGAAUUUAUAUGGAAACCAUUUAAUAACACGAAUCAUCAAAUUCAACAAAAAUAUAAAGCAUACGCCGAGUUUGCUGCAAAAUUGGGUCGGGGUUACUCUGCACGAUCAGUCAGAGAUCGCUGGGUUAAUAUUAGAAGUACUUUCAACCAUAAUCUUCGACGUGUGGACAAGUCAAAAGAAACUGCAACAUCACCUGCUGAAGUGUAUGUACCUUGCUGGCCGUUAUGGAAGCCAUUGCAAUUUUUACGCGAGGUUCCAAAAAGAGAAGAUGUAAAUUUUGAGAAUUAUCCAUCAAUGCAACCGGAAUUAUCAAGUUUAGAUAACAUAGAGAUGAAAGAAGAAUCACAGUCAGACAUGGAAGAGAUAAAGCUAGGUAUCAGGCAGCGAGGGAAACGAACAGAUAGACCUAGACGACAAUUCAAAACACCUACUAUGAGAAUCAAGAAAAACAAAUGUGUCAGCUUUAUUGACAAUCUUCUUAUAGCUAUGAAACCUAUUUCAGAACCAUCUGACAUGCAGUAUUGGUUCUUCGGAAGACAUGUGACUGAAAGACUGAAUUCUAUGAGAGAUAUAGAUGCAUCUAGUGCUAGUAAAGAAAUAAUAGCAUAUCUAAAUCAAUGUAGAUCUUUAAAUGACAGUGAUAUUAAAAGUGAAGGUACUUUGGAAUAAAAUUAGUGUACUGUACAAGAAUCUAGUCUAAAGAGAUUAGUCACAGUGGUUGAGUUGAAUGGACUUGUAAUCUACAAAUAAAGAUUUGAUCUAUGAUUUUAAAAGAACAUUUAAAUAUAUAGGCUAGAUGUAGGGAACAACAUUAUUUCACCGGUAACUUCUUUGAAAGGUACAAUGUUGUCAAGUUUUAUAUAUCAACUCCUGACCUUAUAUUUUUUUUUAAUAAUAAAAGUGGGCAAACGAGCGGCGUGAACACCAAGGUGGUUAACGACGCCCAUGGACAUCCGCAACACCAGAGGAACUACAGUUGCAUAGCCGGCCUUUGAGGAAAUGAUAGGCUCGCUUCUUGAAGGACCCUAAGUCGUAUUGGUUUGGAAAUACCGCCGAGGACAGACCGUUCCACAACGCGGCAGUGUGGGGCAGAAAGUUCCGCCAAAACCGCACGGUUGUGGAAUGCCAGCCAUCGAGAUGGUGAGGAUGGUACCUGGCGGUCUGUCGUAUCGUCCGAUGACGAAACUCAGCGGCAGGAAUUGUUCCAAACAGCUCUAUUGCCAUGUUUAAAACAAUUUUACAAAAUAAUAAUAAGCUCCAUCUUUGUUAUAAAAUAAAUUAAACAGUGUCACAAAAAAAGUAACAGUAACUUAACAGUAGUAGUGCCCGCUUUAACAUGUUAGCACUGCAGAGCCGGCACGCCCGGUGUAAUACCACGACCACACAGAAGA